UCACGUCACGUGGGCGGGACAGGCGACAUUCUGCCGUGGCGGCUGGGGGUUGCAGACCAGCGCUGUGGAGCAGGAGGAACAGUAGAGUGGUGCGGCUGGUCCUGACUGUCCCAGGAUUUAAAGCCCUGCUGGAAUUUGUCUUUGAGAAAGGAUCCCUCCCCACCCCCACCUCCCUACGGCACAAACAGAAAUCGAGGUACGUGACGUAUUCCCAGACCAUCCUGCAAACUCGACAGCAGCGACUUCUCUGUGCCUGGGUCCAGAAAAGGUCAUUUCGAGACCGACUUCACUGGAUUCACUCCACCAGGUUUUCCUGACCCUACUACAUCACUGUAAAGUGCCGCUGGCAGGAGUACCAACACCAGCGGAAGACCCACUGGAGCCAUCAGCGCCUCUGUCUCACCAGGCAUCUUAACCAACAGAGCAGAGCUUCUGUGUGAUACAGCGCCAGCUCAUACUGCACAGGAAGAGACAACAAGUCCAGACUAGAGGCCUGGCUUUCCUUAAGACGCUGGAAUUUGAAGGAGCUAGUCUGUGAUCUGUGCCGCUAUCAUUGUAUACAGUCCUUGCUUCUUGCUUCCCUGGGAAGCAUGCAUCUAUUGGAACUUGAAACAGGAAGAAAACAAGAUAUCUCCACUACAAAACCCAGACACUAAAAGAGGCCCCAAGCUCUGAAGAGCCAGGACACAAACAUGAGCGACAGUGGCUGCAGUGAUCCUGUGGCAGACUCUGAAAAGGAUUUGGAAAGUAAUCCCUCAGUCAACUCUCAAGCACAGGACACCACAGUCACACCAAAUAGCACUGAAGAAGCCCAGGCCCCACAUCCUACAUCUGAUCUUAAGAAAGACCAUCAUGAGGAAGGCACCAAAAGUCAAGAACAUGAAGACACAGGAGACAAACUGGAAAGUUCAGAGGAAGCAGCUUUAGGAAAACAUGUAGUAGAUAAAGCAGAGCCUGAGAGCAGCCCGAGUUCUCAGGACACUGGGCAGGGGCAUCGGCCCCCCUCGGAGCCUCUGGGUGGAGAGGAUCUGGAUGCUAACUGCUCUCACAGUGGCGAGGGAGCAGUUGCAGAUGCACACCUGGGGAGCAGCCCCGGGGAGCCCCCGGACGGAGCAGGCGACAGAUGUGAAGCUGCUCAGGAGCCACCUGCUACAGACUCCCCCGAUGCCCGGAGUCCCGCUGCUUCCAACGCAGAAGCAGGGAGCCAGGGUUCACUGAGGAGGCGACUGCCUAUGCCAGUGUUCCUUCCAACUCCAGAGGCCGGAAGUCAGGAAGAAGAGGCGCAGUUAGUGAAGAAGGAAGAGCUUGCUCAGGAUAUGUUGAGAAAGACUGAUAAAAAGAGCCUCUGGACCUACGGUUCCGUGUUUCUUGGCUUCCUGAUUGUGGCUGUUGCACUGAAGUCCGUCAGUAGCUACUAUUCCUCCCCAGCCCAGCAAGUGCCCCAGAACCCAGCUCUGGAGGCCUUCCUGGCUCAGUUUAGCCAACUGAAGGAUAAAUUUCCAGGUCAGAGUUCCUUCCUGUGGCAGCGGGGACGAAAGUUUCUCCAGAAGCACCUCAAUGUUUCAAACCCCACCGAACCAGCCACCAUCAUCUUCACAGCCGCUCGAGAGGGAAGGGAGACCCUCAAGUGCCUGAGCCACCACGUUGCCAACGCCUACACCUCCUCCCAGAAGGUGUCUGCCGUCUCCAUAGAUGGAGCCGAGAGAGCCCUGCAGGACAGCGACACAGUCAAGCUGCUGGUUGACGUGGAGCUCAGCCAUGGGUUCGAGAACGGCCAUAAGGCCGCCGUCGUCCACCACUUCGAGUCCCUUCCCGCAGGCUCCACCCUCAUCUUCUACAAGUAUUGUGACCACGAGAACGCUGCCUUCAAGGAUGUGGCCCUCGUCCUGACGGUCCUGCUGGAGGAGGAACGCUUAGAAGCAAGCGUAGGCCCCCGGGAAACGGAAGAAAAAGUGAGGGAUUUACUCUGGGCCAAGUUCACCAACUCUGAAACCCCCAGCUCCUUCAGCCACAUGGACUCGGACAAACUGAGUGGGCUGUGGAGCCGCAUCUCCCACCUGGUGCUGCCCGUGCAGCCCGUCAAGCACAUCGAAGAGCAAGGCUGCCUUUUGUGAAGCCCGGCACAGAGGCCGCGUGGAAGGGCCCGGGUCUGAGGGCCCUGCUCCGCUUGGGGGAGGCGGUUGGCACAUGACCUUAUUUUAGAAAAGAAGCAUGCUUUUCCCCCCUUUUAUAAAAACUUUCUAGUCUGAACUCUGACAAAGCUAAUAAUGGGCCUGAUGCUUUUCUUUGGCCUUUAAAGCAAAUCAGGUUUAAGAUACAGCGUGACACAUAAAACUGAGGGUUUGCGUAAAUGUCCGUGACAUGGGCAGAAUCAUUGCACAGGAAGAGCUGAUUCUCAGAGGACCUGCAGCCUGACUGCUGCCUUGCAGGGACUCUCAACUUGGGCAGUGUUUGGUCUCGGACUAAUUGUAAUUUGAAUGAUUUUUAGAGAACUCUUCUACCACGUUAUAAGUGUUUUUUAAAGACUCACUUUAAUAAUGGAGUUGUGGGAUUAUGUCUACACAGAUUUGCACUUUGAGUAGAUGAAGACAGGAAAGCAGAAUUGAACCCUCCAAAUCCUAAGAGCCUGGGUGUGCUUGCUCUUAUUCCGUUAAUGAGCUGAGGUGAGAAUAGCUGUGUUCAAACCAUGUCCCCAAGUAUUAGAAUCGGUAGAGAAGUUGUUAGUACUCCUGGACAUGAAAAAAAUCCCAAUUGGCUGUAUCAUUUCUCUUUGCCUACCAGCAUCCCCUCCUUCGUAUGAGAGUUUCUGCUCUUGGUUGCUGGUAUUUGGGGUUCUCGGGUAAGAGGCCAGGGGAACUGAAUUUCAUUGAGAAGGAAGUUUGAUAACCAUUAAUGAAGUGAAAGCACAUUCUAGAGGAUAGGAACUCAGACAGGAAGAAGUGAAACUGAUAGCACAUAGUAGGAAUAAGGUCUGUUGUACAGGGUGAUAAAGACCUACAGAUGAGCUGCUGCUGUAGGGUGUCGAGGCAUGGCCUCACCCGUCUGUUUAUUUCUGUUGCUCUUUUCUGACUCCCUGGCUGGAUUCACAAUAGUCUGUCAGGAGAGUUUGAGUGCUGUUUCAGAAGAGACUUGAGUAAGAGCCUGGGGUACCUUUACCAAAUGGGAUGUUGCGUUCGUUUCUUGACAGCUAGUUAAAACUGCCACCAGGGAAGGAAUUGGAGAAAUGCAAGAGGGUGUUCUACAUAGAGAAGAAAAAGGAUUCAAUGCCACGUCCCAAGAUUCUAGACUGAGGCCAUAGAUACUGAUCAGCACAUGAACUCUGAAAGUAAAACUCUAGUAAAAUGAUCUUGACCCACAAAAGGUCUGUUCCAUUACACAGAAUAGCCCUAGAAUUUUGCACUAAAUUUUGGCUCAUCUGCUGCUAUGAGAUCAUGUAUAUAGUUAAGAAGUUAAGUAGCCUGAGUCUGGAGGGAUUUUAGGAAACACUAAGAUUUCUGUUGCUAGUUUAAGGACCACCAAGACAUGGGUGAGGGGUGAUCUGUGAGUAGCUGCCAUGGAAAGAACAGACUGGCUUUGGCCAGAGCCUUUGGAGCCUCAGUUAAGCAUGGAGGCACACAUGAAGAAACCGUAUAUUUGGGAUUUGGAAGGAAUCUUUCAGUAGGGUUGAGAAAAGACCCUAAACACAAAGUGAACCAAGUUUGAAUGUCAACCCAAUGUAAAACACAGGGACUGAAGAGAAAUCUCUUUGCCAUGUUUGAUUUUUUUUUUUUCUGUAUUUCUAGACGUGUUUGAUUUGAAUGCUAGUGGCUUGUCACGUAGCCCUGGUUGGCCUGAUCCUCACUCUGUAGCAUGGGCUGACGUUGAACUUACAGCAACUUCUCCUACCUCAGUCUCCUGAGCGCUGGGGUUAUAGGAGCACACCAUCAUAUCCAGCUUGAAUUUCAGGGCUUACCUACUAGCAUCACAUCACAUAAAACCAAGGGUGCCUUGCAGAACUGUUAUGUUGGCCUUUGACCUGUGCUACCUCAGACUACAGAGGAACUGGUCUAAAGUAUCUGUACACAGUCCAUGUCAGUGGCUCAUAUUACAGGAGAAAUAAGGAAUUAUUUCUUCAUUCAGUUGAAUAGAGUUUUACAUAAUUUGCUGUCAACAUAAAUUUAGGAUAUAAUAAAUUUUAGAAAUUUAUUUUCAAUUUUUUGCCAUUCACUUUGUUAAAAUGCACUUUCCUUCUAUACUGAGUUCAAUCAACUGAGACUAGUCAGUUUUCAUUUUAUUUUAUUUUUUCCAGUUCUAGGGAUUAAACCCAGGGCUUUGACAUUCAAAGAAAAGUGCCCUACCACUAAGCUACAUCCCAGACUUCUUAAAAAUCAUUUUGAAAAGAAGCUGUAUAUUAGUUUGGGAUCAGAAGAAAUGAUUUUCUGUUUUUGAUACAGAGUCUUUGCCUAGCCAAACUAGGGAUUCUCAGGCCUUAGACUUUUACAUUAUAGGGAUUAAUGGAAUGUGCCACCAUACCUGCUUAAUGUAAUUACUUCUUAGAAACAAAAUUAUAUUUUAAAAUGUACACAUAGUUAAAAUCUGUUAUCUGGUCAUUGUCUCCUAGACCACUGUGGUUACAUUUUUUAGUUUUUCAACCUCUUAUGUAUGUAGUAAUUCUUUAUUUGUGAUAAUUUGCUUGUUUUGCUUUUGUUUUUAUUUUUGGGGUUUUUUUUGUUUGUUUGUUUGUUUUGUUUUUUUUUUUUAAUGGGAAUUCCUUCUUGAGUAAUACGAAGUCCCAGAAGCAAGCAGGGGAAAUAGAAACUGUCUUUGGACUUCGGUUUUUCUCUUUCAGGUAAAAUUUAGAUUUUUUUUUUUUUUUUUUUUUUUUUUUUAGUUAGCUCUCAGAGAUCAUCAGAGAAGUUCUAGAGAGUUCUUGGCACUGAACUAAUUUAAUAAAUUUCACCUGGAAGCUCUCAGGCUUGGGGUAGUGAGGCCCAGUGUCCUUCCCGUCAGCUUAUGGCCCACCCUAACAGUGCUGGCUGAUGGUACAGCUUUGUCUCACAGCCUCUGGCUUCAACUCCACUUGUUAAAGACAGAGCAUUGUGAGCAUUGAUGUUCGGGAAUGACAGACGGGUGCAGCCUGUGAACAUGAGAGCAGCACAGCAAGUUGAUUUUCACCAACCAAGAUUUCUCAACCCCACGGAACUUUGCCUUUAUGUAUUUACAAAUUUAAUGCCUUUGACAUUGUCAGAUUUACUCAAGUCACCAUGAUUGCCUUUUGCAUUUGUUUUCAUAUCAGUGAUGUUGAAUGUGCCUUAUUCAAAUCAAUGGUCCAGUUAAUAUGCAAAUAAAUCUUAAGUUUUUUCAAGUUGACUUAUCUUUGACUAAAAUUUCCAAAAUAAAGAGUUUACACAAA